AUGGCUUCGACAGAGGGUGUUUCCUCCACGGAAACCUGUGUCAAGAAGUUCGAGGCUCCCGAGAAGCCCACUGCAAAUCUCACCCGUGACGAGUCUCAUGACAGCUACACAACCUGUUCUACCACGUACGACGCCGACAUUCUCGACGAGUUUGCGGAUAUGGAUGAGGACUGCUUAGUGGCAGAUGCUACCAUGGUUGGCACCGAAGAACCAAAGAUGCAGAUAGCCGCAGCGGAGCCACCUGCGCUUCCUCAGAAGUCCAGCCUGCGAGCAUCACGCAUUCUGGACAGCCUCAAGCUGAGCUCGAUCGAGUCUGCUACGCAAUCCCUCAACACCCGCCACGACGUCUACCUGUCCUCGGAAGAGGACGGCUCGUCUUCUGCAGACGACUUCUCAGACUAUGACUGGGAAUCAUCCAGCGAGGGUUCGGAGAAGUCUCACAUGCGCAGGAAGAGCUACGAGGACACGGCACGGGUCGUGUCGGUCAUCUACUCAGGCAAGCCAUGCAUUGUCGACUUACCUUCACCAAGGCGAUCGACUAGCCCUUCCACCACCGAGGGCUCGGAUUCCGAGAGCGGUUCUUCCUCUUCGCCCUCCACCAGCUCAGUGUCAGUGGAGAGUCGCCCACCACGGACUAGCAGCCUGGCACAAUCAAACCAACCAGCAUUCCUCAGGGACGACCCCUAUGCAGGCAGCCAGUACACUAUGGGUCUGUCUCAAGAAGAGAGGCUUGACGGCACAUCGCGUGCAUCUAAGCCGACUACGAUGAAGACAACCGUCCAAAGGACAUUCAGCAUAGUCAGGAAGCGCAGCCGGCCAUUCCUACGCAAUUACUCUACAGUGUCUAGGGAGGAUCUCGCUCUGGCUGCAUCAUCAUCAAGUCUGAAUUUAUCACGGAUAUCUACGCCAACAACCGAGCAGGCACCGAUAUUGGAUAGCCCAGUCCGUAGCGCAGAGCCACCUCGAACUCCCGUGCGCUACAGUGACAUUAUCAAGACUUCAAGGAAGCUAGCCACAACAAGAAACGACUCUGUCGCAUCAUUACCUGCUAUAACACCACUCAGCCCACUUUCAAAGAAAAGUCUAUUCAGCGGCUUGAAAUCGAGCCGCCGACGCAGCUUCAAGGCGUAA